CAAAAAAAAAAAAGUUUCAGCUCCUCUCCAUCCCUCCUCAUGAAGGAUCAUCUUCUGGGACUCGGUGGGCGGAGCUUUGAAAACUCCGGAGAUGUUCCGUCUCUGCAUUAUGGCUCAGAUAGAACUGCGCAUGCGCACAGCAUGUCGCUUUGCUCUGGAUGAGACACCCUGAGUCUGCAGAAGUGUUUGACAGAAGUAGCAUGUAAGUUAAAGGAGAAGAAGAUGUUUGAUGUUCAUCCUUUACAAACGGACACACAAAUGAAGUUCUGGUUCUGAAAUGGAACUCGGUCCAGUUUGCGUCACCCUUCAGUCUCGUUCAUCUGUAGGAUGUUUUCUGGUUGCUAAACAUGAUCGUGAUCUAUGACGGAGUUGUUUCUGGAGCAGAGAAGGGGACACUGCACCCCUCACCCCCCGGCGCGUGCAUCUAGCUGUCAGCCACCCACCCGGAAGUGUCUUUAAGACUUUCCUUAUGAUGUUCGAAUGAAAACCUCCGCAGCUUCAGCGGGUUUAUACUGAAUCUGCUUCACCUGAACCUUGUUUCAGCUUUUAAACGCAGAUGAAGCAGAGGGGGACAAUUCCUCCGAGGGGGGCAACUCCUGCGCCCAAACUGCAACAAAGCUCGGAAGCUACUUCAGAGAUGGGCAAACUAAGAUCGACUUCGUGCUGGUGUGGGAGGUUCGAGCGCGGAGGAAGCAGCGGGGGGGAACCGGCGAGGAGAGCAGCAGGUCCGAGCGGCGGAGAGCGCAGCUGCAGCAGUGGCGGGAGAAGUUCGCGCAGAACCUCCAGGCUGCCGGCUUACUCAUGGAGAAGGAGGAAACAGCCAACGAGAAGAAAACCAUCCAUUUCCUGAAGAUCAGCGCUCCCUGGGAGGUUCUGGUGUGCUAUGCAGAGGAACUGUGCCUCCGAGCUCCGCUGCAGGCGCAGCAGCAUUUGGAGCUGAACACCUCCGCCUCUGUCCUGAAGAGGUUCUGCAUUCCCAACGCCAUGAAGGAGUGGGUGCCGAACAGACCCGUGGACUAUUACACUUGCGCCUUCCGGAAGUCAAAGAUGCACAGAUUCGUUGGCUACGAAAACCACGAGACGUACUUCAGCAACACGCAGAGACACCGGGUUGUGUAUGAGAUUCUGGCCAGGACAGUGUACGGCAAACGGAAGAAGGCGGAAGUGGGCGUGGACCGGCUGGUGGCGGAGGGGGCGUUCGCUGCAGCCUUCCCCCUCCAUGAGGGACCUUUCCAGCUUCCAAAGCAGGACGUCCGACCCGAUGACCUGAACCGGAGGCAGGUUCUGUACUUCUACUGGGCCCGCUGGAGCAAAUGGUACAAGUACCAACCGCUGGACCACAUCCGGGAGUACUUUGGGGAGAAGAUCGCACUCUACUUUGCUUGGUUGGGGUUCUACACGGCAUGGCUGCUGCCGGCUGCCGUCGUUGGAACGCUGAUCUUUGUGUCCGGGGUCAUGUCCAUGGGUACCAACACGCCGGCUGAGGAAAUCUGCCACGGCGGUUCCAGUUACCGGAUGUGUCCUCUGUGUAAGACAUGCAAGGCGUGGAACAUGUCUGACAUCUGCACCAUGGCGAAGCUGGGUUACCUCUUCGACCAUCCCGGCACCGUGUUCUUCAGUGUUUUCAUGUCCUUCUGGGCCGUGACCUUUCUGGAGUACUGGAAGCGAAAAAUGGCUACUCUGGCUCAUCACUGGGACUGCAUGGACUUCCACGAGGAAGAGGAGCGUCCUCGGCCAGAGUUUGCCGCCAUGGCGCCCACUGUGGAACAGAACCCUGUGACCGGGGUCAAAGAGCCCUACUUUCCAGAGAAGACCCGGCUGUCGCGCAUGUUCACGGGCUCCAUGGUGAUCGUGCUUAUGCUAUGCGUGGUGAUCAUCUUCCUGGUGACGGUGGUGAUGUGCCGCGGCAUCAUCAGCGUCAUGAUGUACCACACCGGGAGUCCCGUGCUGCGGACAGAGGCUGCGACCAUAGCCAACAUCUCCAGCAGCAUCGUCAACCUGGGCCUCAUCCUGUUGAUGGGGCAGGUCUACACGGCGUUAGCAGAGCAGCUGACUAAAUGGGAGAUGCACAGGACUCAAACCCAGUAUGACAACGCUUUCACCUUCAAAGUCUUCAUCUUCCAGUUCGUCAACUUCUACUCCUCUCCUUUCUACGUGGCUUUCUUCAAAGGAAGGUUUGUGGGUUAUCCUACCAACUAUGGGACUCUGUUUGGAAUGAGAAAUGAAGAUUGUGGGCCCGGGGGCUGCCUCAUCGAGCUGGCUGAACAGCUCUUCAUCAUCAUGGUGGGGAAGCAGCUCAUCAACAACAUCCAGGAGUUCAUCCUACCUAAAGUCAAAGCCUGGCGCCAGAGGAGAAGUUUGGCCAACGUGCUGGGGGGCAAGGUGUCCCAUGAGCCUCAUCGAUGGGAGGAAGACUACCAGCUGGUGGAGUGUGGGGGGCUGUUUGAAGAAUACCUGGAGAUGGUCCUCCAGUUCGGGUUUAUCACCAUUUUUGUGGCUGCUUUUCCUCUCGCUCCUCUCUUCGCCCUCCUCAACAACUGGGUGGAGAUCCGUCUCGACGCUCACAAGUUUGUGUGUGAGUACCGGCGGCCCGUGGCAGAGCGCACCCAGAACAUCGGGGUCUGGUUCAGCAUUUUGGAAGGCCUGUCACACCUGUCUGUCAUCGCCAACGCUUUCCUGAUCGCCUUCACAUCGGAUUUCCUACCUCGCCUGCUGUACCAAUACAAGUUUGAGAAAGGUCUCCAUGGAUACGUCAACUUCAGCUUGGCCUACGCUCCUCUGAACUACACCGAGUACCCCAUGUGCAGAUACAAAGCCUUCAGAGACAACGAUGGAAACUACACGCUCUUCUACUGGGAGCUCCUUGCAGUCCGACUUGGCUUUAUUAUUGCAUUCGAGCACGUUGUUUUCUUUGUGCUCCGAGCCAUCGACUGGAUCGUUCCUGAUGUGCCCGAGUCCUUGGAGUUAAAGGUGAAGAGGGAGCAUUAUUUGGCAAAGCAAGCUCUCGCUGAGAACCAGGAGGCCCUGCUGCAAGCCACCCGCCCGCUAGAGUCAGGAGUCAGGAGUCCAAAGCAGAAGAAGAAUGGAGCUGAGAUGGAUGGAUGAGAGACUUUGCUCUGAGGAACUCUUUCACCUCUGUAAUCUUCUUUUUCUUUGGAAUUGUGUUGUUUUUUUCCCUUUUGCACCGAAAUGAUGAUAGAUGUACAAAAUGUACAAAGAAACUUUGACAUUUUUCAUGCUGUCGACAACAAUCGGAAUGGAGUAAAUGCAUGAAUGCAUCAGAGAUUA